GGGCAGCACUGCAGAGUCUGUUUUACUUUCGUCCCACCUUCUCCACAAACAUGGCUGCUCCCAGACGAGCAUUAUUUUCUCUGGCAAGGAUACUUUGUGGAAUCUCACAUUCGGGACCGAGAGCUUUGGGCGCCUGUUCAGGUCACAGAAAAUGUCAUAUAAUCAGGUCUCACCUCCCAUUGACACCUCGCACUUCCUUCCAUACCGCAACAGUGUUUUUAUCAAAACCUUCAUCAAUCACAGUCACAGAUGAGCCUGACGUGCUGUUUCAGAGGGUGACAGUGUUGGUCAAAGGUCACGACAGGGCCGUGUUGGACAGCUAUGAGUUCUUUGCCACCAUGGCUGCUAAAGAGCUGGGCAUCACCAUCAGCAAAGUUCUUGAGUUUCCAAAGGACAUGGAGAGGUUUACACUCCUGAAGUCAGUUCACAUCUUCAAAAAGCACAGGGUCCAGUACGAGAUGAGGACACACUUCCGGUGCAUUGAGCUGUCUCAUUUAACAGGCAGCACAGCGCAGGUCUACCUUGAAUACAUCCAGAGGAACCUCCCUGAAGGUGUCGCCAUGGAGGUGACAAAGACCGCCAUGGCGAAGGUUCCAGAUCACAUCCUGGGACCGAUGUGGGAGGACCAACCCACUGACGACAAGCCCAGCCAGUAAAGUCUGCAGUGAUCAACGGAUGCUGAUUGGAUGCAUUUUCUGCAGAUGUGGAAGAUGUGGAAAAACUGCAGUGUGAACAUCUGGUUGUGAUGGACUUGGCUCAUUAUAUAGAUUUCAACAUCACUGCUGAUAGAGCUGAACACCACAGACAACAGGGCCGGCUAUAAAACUUGUGUUCUUCUUGUCAACAUUCAACAGUCUUCAUUUAACGUCAGUUGUAUGUUUUCACUGUCUUUUCUGUGGCAAAUCAGCGUGGAAUUGAUUGUAUGUUGUUUUUUUCCAAUAAAUAAAUU